AUGGUGAAAAUAUUCAUUGGGAACUUGUCAGCUGACACAACAUCGGAUGAGCUACGCUCUCUCUUCUCCCAGUAUGGCAAGAUUUCGGAAUGUACCAUCGUCAAGAACUUUGGCUUCGUGCACAUGGAGAACAAAUCGGAGGCAGAAGAGGCCAUCCGCAACCUCCACCAUUAUGAGCUAAAUGGCCAGCCCAUGAAUGUAGAAUUGAGCCGUGGCAAUAUAAAAGGAUCCACCAAACUACAUGUUGGCAACAUCGCUUGUACCAACCAGGAGCUGAGGGCUAAGUUUGAAGAGUUUGGUUCCGUGGUGGAGUGUGACAUAGUAAAAAACUAUGCUUUUGUUCACAUGGAGCAAAUGGAGGAUGCCAUGGAGGCCAUUAAUCAUUUAGACAACACAGCUUUUAAAGGUGAACUCUUGGGCUGGGCUUAAUGGGGACCUUUCCCUUUAUCACAUAUAUAUAGUAUGAAGAAUAUUUAAUUCUGUUCUUGUGAAUUGACAGGUAAGUUGUGGAUGUGCUGCAGGUGAGUACAAAGAGAAAGAUGAAGGGAUAUUGGUAAGCUGAAGAAAGUAAUGCUGCCCCAAAUGCUUCUCAUUUUAAAGCUGGUAUCCGUAAUGUCGUUGGUAAUACACGUCUGUUCAGUACAUUGUAGAUAAACACAAAUAGGCACUUACUGCAAUUUAUGAUUUUCCCCACCGGUCAGUUUUAUACUAGAAGGAACAAACCAUCUCUGUAUUUUUACCAAUCAAAUCUCAGCUGCAUCCAUUAAGGACAGGAUGUGCACCAAAACUGUUUAUAUUUCAUAUGGUCAGCAUGCACGUGUUUAUCGGUGCGGUCAUUGAUUCGGUGCUCUCUGAAACGUGGACAGAUUGUGGCUCAGAUGAUCAUUGCUGCGUCACGCAGAUGCAGAAAUGAUCAUUUGAGCUGACAAACUGUUAACUUAUUAAAAUGUUAUCAUGAGGAGGUUCAGAUUUCAAGCUUACUCUUCUGUGAUAAUUCAGACGUUUUUGAUGUCGUACUGUGGCAAGAAAGAUUUUCUGCAUUAUAUGAUCAUAAAAUCUGAUAUCAUCUGAGUUACUGAGUACAGAGAAACACAAAGUGCUAAAGCUAAUAACAAGAAUUCUAAUCCUUUUUUUAAAUGUUUUUGUCUUUAUUGAACACAUCCAUUAAACAUUCCCAGUGCUGGUGAAAAGGGGAGUGAACUUUUGAAUUUAAUAACUGGUUGAUCGUCCUUUGGCAGCAACCAGCUUACAUAAUUUUAUUUCAAAUAGGUUGUGUUGGUUCAUUGUAAAUGAGUUCACAAUGCAGAUCAUUUCAAAGGGUUUGGUCAGUUCUUGUUAAUGAAUGAACAUCAGUGAAGAUACAGUACUGCGGGAUGCAAAUAAAAUUUGAAAUGUUACGGAUUUCAGCUUUAAUAACUGGACUGUCUAAUUCACCAAUCAUAGGCCAUGUUUUAUUGUUACAUUGGCGUAUAGUGCAGAUUUUUUCCUAGACUGAUGGAUUAUGGGACCUUUGUAUACCAGACAGGAAAUGUCUAAUAUAUUAUUUGGAAUAAAUGCAGGCAUAAGUCCUUA